GUUGCACUGACUCAGACAAUCCGAGUUCAAUUGACUCGAAACCGGGUUUUUUGGCCCAACUUGUAGUCCGUAGGACUAUAGUGAGUAUGCAGGUCAAAUAUAUUUAUGUAAAAGGUCAGUUCAAGUCUGGACAGCUGGGGGACUCAGGGUACUACUCUUGGCUGACUCCUCCCAGCUUGCGGUUACUCUUCGUUUACGCAAGAAACAAAUUUAGCUGUGAUUUGAAGGCAUGUGGAGCCCUUUAUAAGAUCUCAUUUCAGUUGGGGGGAUCGUCGGCUUUCCUUGUGUUGAGCUUGAAAGAGCUCGUAUUCUCUGUCCAAGAGGAUCUGGCGCAGCAGCUUGAAAUCACUAUUAUAAACAUCACGGGUGCCCUGGCAGGUAUUGGCGUAUCGACCUUCGCCAAAUACCUUGCAACUAUUCCGCAGGAGGGAUCGGUAACAUCCCGUUUCAUACCAGCUGUAUUCCUUGUGAUAAUCAGCUUUCUCGCUGGUUGGGCGAAAAGCCGUCUUCCUCGUCUUCAUUUAUCUGCGCGCAUUUCGUGUUUUGUGUCCAUAUGGCUGUUGACUAAUAAUAUUGGAAUAACCUCUGCCGUCCUCUCAGACUCGGGCGGUUUUUUAUGGAUCACCGUGACAGCCGCAUCUGUUUGCUUGUUUUCUAGCAUGUUGAUUUUACAUUGGUCCUCGACUCAUCUUAUUGAAGAAGUCGCGUCAACAUUGAGAAUUAUCCAUCGCUGCUUAUCCGUGGGCAUGGAUAAUCCCUUCACUUAUCCUUCCUCCCAGAAAAUUGCUGAAUUGAAGGAUUUACACGGAGAGUUGGUCCACCAGUCUGUAAUACUGAAUGAGAUGUACUGUCAAGCAGCUUUUGAACUCCGUGUUGGGCGCGUUAGCGUGAAGUCCCUCAAGCCUCUCCUGGGCAUGGUUGAACACUUGCGGCGUGAAUUAUCCUGGGGAACGGUUUCUCAGCCAGGUCAAAACGACUGGUCCAACGAAUCGCACUGUGCUUCAUCUUCUUCCUUCGAGGCUUCAGCAAUAGAGCUUAGUAAAACCAUUAUGACCUCAAUCAAAGCAGUCGAAGAUCUGGUGCUCGGCGUGUAUACACAUACCUCCCUAUGGCACAAGUCAUUGCGCACAGAGAGAGAUGCAGUUACUGCGGCUGCCAUCAAUCUCAAUUUCGCAUGGUACACUGCAAAAAACGAGUUGCGUAACACUAAUCAAACAUGGAGCGAAGAACCGAUUUCCCCAUCUGGCUCCAUUGUUCCUUCGCAUCUCCAUCAUCAGUGCCUGUUCGUGACGUCAUUGUUACAGAUGGCCUACGACACGAGCCACAUACUGCAAGUAGCUCAGAGCAUUGCUGCACACCACGAAGUUUCUCGAUUUCGCUUCUGGCUCCCGCGAUUGACAUGGCAGUGGCUUGGUGUUGCGCCCCGAACUUUCAUAAUGGAGGAAUAUGGGGCACCUAUAACCCAUGAUACUCUCGAAGCAGAGACAACACUAUCAGCUGAGGAAGUCCGUCAAGGCGUUGCUUUUGUCGAUCGACAGGAUGACACAACGAGUCAAGAGGUUUUCUAUUGCCAUGCCACCAGAAACAUACCUACUGUUCCACAGUUAUCGCUAAAAUCCCUCCCACGAUGCUUGUCGUUGACACUGCAACACCUUUGGAAUCAUCGCGUCAUACUUCAGCUUCGACUAGGAGCAUCAAGAGUAAUCCGCGACACGCAGCGUUCCAGUCAUUUGCAGCAUGCGACAAAAAAUGCCAUUGGGGUGGCCAUGUUAAGUUUUCCGGCUUUUCUUCCUUCUCACUCAGCAGGUUUUCAGUGGUUCAGGUGGAUCCACGGCCAAUGGAUGAUUAUCAGCUACGUAUGGGUCCUUGAAACCAAUACUGGAGCGACCUGGCGCGUUGGUUACUUGCGUCUCUCAGGGACCAUUCUAGGAGCUAUCUAUGCUUAUAUUACAUGGGCUAUUUGCGGGAGGAAUCCCAUUGGCAUAGUGGCAAUGGUUACAUUGUUUGAUAUACCUAUUACGUGGUUUGUCACGAAAAGCAGGAUUCCGUCCUUGGGUGUUGUCGCGUCUGUUACGCUCCCUCCUGUCGUGCUAUACCAAUACCUAACUCCGGAUUCAGGAGUGUCUACACGAGACUUAGCUUGGAUGAGGGCCUCAAUGAUUGCUCUGGGCAUCAUCGCCGCGUUGGCAAUGAACAGUCUUGUUUUUCCUCGAUACAGCCGGGUGUUGUUUCUGAAUCAGACCAGCACGACACUGAGAUUACUCAGCCAGUUAUACCUUCUCCUUGUACAGGGAAUGUUCCGGAGUAUACACCCAUUUACGCUGCACGACAAACAAGAGACGUUAAAGUUAGAACUUCAAAUUCGCAAUGCGCUUCAUCGAUCGUCGUCGCUGCUGACUACCAUGAAUGACGAACUUAGUCUAGUGCCGAAACCAAUGCGCCACUACCGCGAAGUUGUCCUCAAAAUACAGAAGAUUCUUGACUUGAUGACCGGUCUUAGAAAGACACGGGAAAAUAUACCCCGAAAGGAGACUAUCGCGUCAGUCAUGAAAGAACGGAAGGAAUUUAUAUCCUGUAUCUGCAUCUCGCUGUUUGCGUGUCAGCACGUCUUUCAAGCUCGACAACCUUUGCCGCAGUUCCUCCCAUCUGCAAGACAAGCACUUGAAACACUCGAAUCAAGGAUAGAAGCCUCUCUGCGACGGGGUAUUGACGCGGAUGUAUCGGUUAAGGGUAUCUCCCUGGCAUACUCAGUUGCAGAAGGUGAGGUCAUGAAGAAUAUGGUUGAUACUAUAGAGGGUUUAUUGGAGCUGUGCCGCCAGCUAUUCGGUACAUCGGCGUGGUUGACCAAUACCUGGCCAGAGACAAGUGUUCCUAACGCUGAUGAAGGACCUGGAACACCCAGUGAAGGAUGGUUUAGUACAGUGGGACGCAUGUAGAAAGGAUACUAUCUCAAUUAGAGGCUUGUCAUGUAGCAUAGAUGUGAUUUUAAGGGUAGUGGUAGCUAGAGUUAUUGCAUGUGCGAAUCCAUGCGUCGCGAAUUUAUUUAUGUAAAUGUCACGGUAACGAGGACGGAAGGAGAAGUGGCGUCACCACAGUUUACGCGUUGUUAUUCGACCAAACAACACGAUGUCAAUAAAUCCAAGUGACACGUCUCUUUCUCUUCUCUAUACCAAACUCUACUA